AUGCGCUCAGACAUGUUUCCAGCCAGCAGCUUCGGGAAGUGGGAGACGGUGAUGAUCGUGGAGGAGAUGGAGGGGGAGGGGGUUCCCCAGAGUGACUCGGCCAAAUCCAACCAGGCCCCAGCGGAGCCUCGGGAGAAGGGAAAGUUUGAGGAGCAGGGCAUGAAGUCCCCCUGUCAGGCGUCCAAUCAGUGGGGCUCGUACUUCGUGGACGUCCAGAGAGACGCAGAGGGGGACGAGGUGCACAAGCUGACCUGGUGCUGCCAUUGCAUCCACAAGUACAGCGCCUUCGCCAUCCCCAGCGUGGAGCACAUAGCAGACCUGCCGUUGGAUUACAAAUUCCCCCGCUUCUCCCCAGACAAGCCCUGCACCGUCGGAUACUACCCCAGACCUCCCGAUUCUUUACUCAAGAGGCUGAACACGGGGCUCUCUCUCUCUCGCUCUCCCCCCGGUCCCCCCUGGCUCUGUCUGCGCGCCCCUCCUCAUCGGGACGCCCUCCUCCACAUUCCUCCUUCAUUCCCUCCUCCACACACUCAGACCCAGCUCCGUCUGUGGCCCCUGAACACCUCUCACCUCCCCCGGAGCCAUGACGCCGACGGCCCGGGCCUCCUGACAGCUGAUGCACCUCAGAAAUGCCUUUUCUCUGAUGAGACGAUGAGCACACACACCCGCGGGGCCCCCACAGUCUUCCUCAUAACCUGCCUGUGGCUCCUGCUGUGGCCCCUGCUGUGUGCGUCUCCUGCUGCUGCUGCUGAUGCGCCGGACCCCGGAGGAGGCGUCCACUUCGUCGGAGGGAACUAUGAGGGCCACCCCAUGCUGUACUUUGGCAGAGGGGAGGUGGAGGAGCUGCAGCAGGCGGCGGCGGGCUCUCACCGCGCUCUCGCCAAACUGAUCCGAGAGGCGGCGGAGGAGAUGCUGGAGCGCCCGGAGGAAUACCUGCCGCCCUGGAGCCCCGCCGACUUCACCAGCCGCUGGAACGAGGUCUACGGCAACAACCUGGGCCUGCUGUCCAUGUUCUGCCUGCUCUACCCGCACCGCGCCGGCGCUCUGGACAUGGCCCUAGACUACAUGGAGAGGAUGGCGGCGCAGCCUAGUUGGCGUUGGUCAGGUGUUGGUCAGGUGUUGGUCAGGUGUUGGUCAGGUGUUGGUCAGGCGUUGGUCAGGCGUUGGUCAGGUGUUGGUCAGGUGUUGGUCAGGUGUUGGUCAGGUGUUGGUCAGGUGUUGGUCAGGUGUUGGUCAGGCGUUGGUCAGGUGUUGGUCAGGCGUUGGUCAGGUGUUGGUCAGGCGUUGGUCAGGUGUUGGUCAGGUGUUGGUCAGGCGUUGGUCAGGCGUUGGUCAGGCGUUGGUCAGGCGUUGGUCAGGUGUUGGUCAGGUGUUGGUCAGGCGUUGGUCAGGUGUUGGUCAGGCGUUGGUCAGGUGUUGGUCAGGUGUUGGUCAGGCGUUGGUCAGGCGUUGGUCAGGUGUUGGUCGGGUGUUGGUCAGGUGUUGGUCAGGUGUUGGUCAGGCAUUGGUCAGGCAUUGGUCAGGUGUUGGUCGGGCGUUGGUCAGGCGUUGGUCAGGUGUUGGUCAGGCGUUGGUCAGGUGUUGGUCAGGCGUUGGUCAGGCAUUGGUCAGGCAUUGGUCAGGCGUUGGUCAGGUGUUGGUCAGGCGUUGGUCGGGCGUUGGUCAGGCGUUGGUCAGGUGUUGGUCAGGUGUUGGUCAGGUGUUGGUCAGGUGUUGGUCGGGCGUUGGUCAGGUGUUGGUCAGGCGUUGGUCAGGUGUUGGUCAGGUGUUGGUCAGGCGUUGGUCAGGUGUUGGUCAGGCGUUGGUCAGGUGUUGGUCGGGCGUUGGUCAGGUGUUGGUCAGGUGUUGGUCAGGCGUUGGUCAGGCGUUGGUCAGGCAUUGGUCAGGCGUUGGUCAGGUGUUGGUCAGGCGUUGGUCAGGCGUUGGUCAGGUGUUGGUCAGGUGUUGGUCAGGUGUUGGUCAGGCGUUGGUCAGGUGUUGGUCAGGUGUUGGUCAGGCGUUGGUCAGGUGUUGGUCAGGCGUUGGUCAGGUGUUGGUCAGGUGUUGGUCAGGCGUUGGUCAGGUGUUGGUCAGGCGUUGGUCAGGCGUUGGUCAGGCGUUGGUCAGGUGUUGGUCAGGUGUUGGUCAGGUGUUGGUCAGGUGUUGGUCAGGCGUUGGUCAGGCGUUGGUCAGGCGUUGGUCAGGUGUUGGUCGGGCGUUGGUCAGGUGUUGGUCAGGUGUUGGUCGGGGGUUGGUCAGGUGUUGGUCAGGUGUUGGUCAGGUGUUGGUCAGGCGUUGGUCAGGCGUUGGUCAGGUGUUGGUCGGGCGUUGGUCAGGCGUUGGUCAGGUGUUGGUCAGGGGUUGGUCAGGUGUUGGUCAGGUGUUGGUCGGGCGUUGGUCAGGCGUUGGUCAGGUGUUGGUCAGGUGUUGGUCAGGCGUUGGUCAGGCGUUGGUCAGGCGUUGGUCAGGCGUUGGUCAGGUGUUGGUCAGGUGUUGGUCAGGCGUUGGUCAGGUGUUGGUCAGGUGUUGGUCAGGUGUUGGUCAGGCGUUGGUCAGGUGUUGGUCAGGUGUUGGUCAGGUGUUGGUCAGGCGUUGGUCAGGCGUUGGUCAGGCGUUGGUCAGGCGUUGGUCAGGCGUUGGUCAGGCGUUGGUCAGGUGUUGGUCAGGUGUUGGUCAGGCGUUGGUCAGGCGUUGGUCAGGCGUUGGUCAGGCGUUGGUCAGGUGUUGGUCAGGCGUUGGUCAGGCGUUGGUCAGGUGUUGGUCGGGUGUUGGUCAGGUGUUGGUCAGGUGUUGGUCAGGUGUUGGUCAGGUGUUGGUCAGGCGUUGGUCAGGCGUUGGUCAGGCGUUGGUCAGGUGUUGGUCAGGUGUUGGUCAGGUGUUGGUCAGGCGUUGGUCAGGGUUGGUCAGGUGUUGGUCAGGUGUUGGUCAGGUGUUGGUCAGGUGUUGGUCAGGUGUUGGUCAGGCGUUGGUCAGGUGUUGGUCAGGUGUUGGUCAGGUGUUGGUCAGGUGUUGGUCAGGCGUUGGUCAGGUGUUGGUCAGGCGUUGGUCAGGCGUUGGUCAGGCGUUGGUCAGGUGUUGGUCAGGUGUUGGUCAGGUGUUGGUCAGGUGUUGGUCAGGCGUUGGUCAGGUGUUGGUCAGGUGUUGGUCAGGUGUUGGUCAGGCGUUGGUCAGGUGUUGGUCAGGUGUUGGUCAGGUGUUGGUCAGGGUUGGUCAGGUGUUGGUCAGGCGUUGGUCAGGUGUUGGUCAGGCGUUGGUCAGGCGUUGGUCAGGUGUUGGUCAGGUGUUGGUCAGGUGUUGGUCAGGCGUUGGUCAGGCGUUGGUCAGGUGUUGGUCAGGUGUUGGUUCAGGUGUUGGUCAGGUGUUGGUCCGGCGUUGGUCAGGUGUUGGUCAGGUGUUGGUCAGGUGUUGGUCAGGUGUUGGUCAGGUGUUGGUCAGGUGUUGGUCCGGCGUUGGUCAGGUGUUGGUCAGGUGUUGGUCAGGUGUUGGUCAGGUGUUGGUCAGGUGUUGGUCAGGCGUUGGUCAGGUGUUGGUCAGGUGUUGGUCAGGUGUUGGUCAGGUGUUGGUCAGGUGUUGGUCAGGUGUUGGUCAGGCGUUGGUAGGUGUUGGUCGGGUGUGUUGGUCAGGCGUUGGUCAGGCGUUGGUCAGGGCGGUUGGUCAGGUGUUGGUCAGGUGUUGGUCAGGUGUUGGUCAGGUGUUGGUUGGUCGGGGCGUUGGUCAGGUGUUGGUCAGGUGUUGGUCAGGUGUUGGUCAGGUGUUGGUCAGGUGUUGGUCGGGCGUUGGUCAGGUGUUGGUCAGGUGUUGGUCAGGUGUUGGUCCGGCGUUGGUCAGGUGUUGGUCAGGUGUUGGUCGGGCGUUGGUCAGGUGUUGGUCAGGUGUUGGUCAGGUGUUGGUCAGGUGUUGGUCAGGUGUUGGUCAGGUGUUGGUCAGGCGUUGGUCAGGUGUUGGUCCGGCGUUGGUCAGGCGUUGGUCCGGCGUUGGUCAGGUGUUGGUCAGGCGUUGGUCAGGUGUUGGUCAGGCGUUGGUCAGGCGUUGGUCAGGUGUUGGUCAGGCGUUGGUCAGGUGUUGGUCAGGUGUUGGUCCGGCGUUGGUCAGGUGUUGGUCAGGCGUUGGUCCGGCGUUGGUCAGGCGUUGGUCAGGCGUUGGUCAGGUGUUGGUCAGGCGUUGGUCAGGUGUUGGUCAGGUGUUGGUCAGGUGUUGGUCAGGUGA